AUGGGUUUCAAUAAUUUUUGCACUGGGUUGGCAUAUUUUCUUGUGGGCUUAAUCUUGAUUGCUUUUGGGUUGUGUGAAGGUGGAUUGACCAGUGGUUAUGUGAGAAGGAAUGAUUUGAGUCUUGAUAUGCCUUUAGAUAGUGAUGUUUUUAGAGUUCCUCCUGGUUAUAAUGCUCCCCAGCAGGUUCAUUUAACACAAGGAGAUCAUGAAGGGAGAGCUGUGAUUGUCUCUUGGAUCACACCGGAUGAACCUGGUUCAAAUGCAGUCGUCUACUGGGCUGCAAAUAGAAAGCUGAAGAAAAGUGUCAAUGGCAUUGUUCUUACCUACAAGUACUACAAUUAUACCUCUGGUUACAUUCAUCACUGCACGAUCAAGAAUUUGAAGUAUGAUACGAAAUACUACUAUGCAGUAGGAUCUGGAAAUACGACGCGGCAGUUUUGGUUCACAACUCCACCUAAACCUGGCCCCGAUACUCCUUAUACAUUUGGCCUUAUAGGGGAUCUUGGUCAGACUCACGAUUCCAAUAGGACACUUACUCAUUACGAGAUGAACCCUGUGAAGGGACAGACAUUGCUGUUUGUUGGAGAUCUCUCAUAUGCAGAUGGAUAUCCGUUUCAUGAUAACACCAGAUGGGAUACAUGGGGGAGGUUCAUCGAGAGAAAUGCUGGCUAUCAACCGUGGAUUUGGACUGCUGGGAAUCAUGAACUUGAUUUUGUUCCUCAAAUUGGUGAAACCAAACCCUUCAAGCCUUACACACACCGAUUUUUUGUACCAUACCGAGCCUCAAAGAGUACGUCUCCCCUCUGGUAUUCAGUCAAGAGAGGUUCGGCAUACAUCAUUGUAAUGUCUUCUUAUUCGGCUUAUGGGAAGUACACUCCUCAGUACAAAUGGUUGACCAGUGAGCUGCCAAAAGUAAACCGGACGGAGACACCAUGGCUCAUUGUACUCAUGCAUUCUCCAAUGUAUAGUAGUUAUGUUCAUCACUUCAUGGAAGGGGAAACCAUGCGAGUGAUGUAUGAGUCAUGGUUUGUGGAGUUCAAAGUUGAUGUAGUCUUUGCAGGUCAUGUUCAUGCCUACGAACGAUCUGAACGUGUUUCCAACAUUGCGUACAAUAUUGUUAAUGGCUUGUGCAGUCCUGUAAGGGAUCACUCUGCUCCAGUAUAUAUUACCAUCGGAGAUGGAGGAAAUCAAGAAGGAUUAGCAACCGAGAUGACGCAGCCACAACCAAGUUACUCUGCUUAUCGGGAAGCCAGCUUUGGACAUGGCACAUUUGAUAUUAAGAACCGCACUCAUGCCCAUUUCAGUUGGCAUCGUAAUCAAGAUGGAAUUUCCGUGGAAGCUGACUCUCUUUUGUUUCACAAUAGGUACUGGAAAUCGAUGGACGAACCAUCUGUAGCUGUAUCGUGA